AUGGAUUACACAGAAAAUACUAUGAUGGAUUACGCAGAAAACACUACAAGUUUGUUUACCGAUCUAGAAGAAGACCCUUUCAACCCUUACGAAUACGAAAUGAGCACCCAGGAAAAAAAUUACCAUUUUGUUAUAGAAUAUUUAGCCACUACCAUCCAUAUGUUGCUAUGCGUCGCUAUAUUAUUAGCUAGCUCUCUAUUUUUUUACGCAUUUUGCAAAUUCAAAAACCUACAAACGAGAACCAAUUAUAUUUUGUUGCACUUUUACAUUUGCAUUACUACAUCUAGUGUACUUUUUACCAUAAUUCUAAUAUUAGAAAUGAUUAUAGUAGUGUUCUCCAAUCACCGUGGCAUUAUGGUAUUGAUGGUAUUGACAUUUGGUUUUGUAAAUGCCUCUCUUGUAUUGGCUUUAUUAUUAGCUCAGGAUUGGAUUCUUUCUGCUAGCAAUACAAGGUUUGCGCAAAAAUGUCAGGAUUGCUACAAAUGGAUGAUCGGGAGCGUUUACUUGCUUAUUUUAUCGCACUUUAUAUUUUUCUUUAUUGGUAGCCAUCACGACGAAGCGGCAGCUAUGUCAGCCGGUAGCUGUUGUUUAGUUUACUUAAUUAACGGUAUAGUAUUAAUUGUAUUCAAUGUCAUUCGGUACAAGAAAACUUUUUCCGAGGAAUCCAAGCAAAUAUUGUACGCCCUAAAUGUGGCUAGUGUUUAUUAUUUAAUGUCGCUACCGCCAUUAUGUUUUGUAUUAUUGGGUAUUGUAGUUCCGUUACAAACAGGAAAUUCUUAUGACUUUAUCGCCAUUAUGGCUUGUAUUACGUAUUUUUUGGAAUUCAUUUCGUUUUCCGCCCCAGUUGUUAUUGUUUAUUUGCUACCCAGGUGGGAUAAGAAUUUUAAAAUGGCUUUCGAUCAGGUUUUCAAGAGUGCUAUCAGGAAAUACCAGCAAGUUGAUAAUAAUCUAGAAGUUUAG